AUGAUAGAAGUGGACCCAGCUUAUGGAAGCGGAGCUAGCUUGUCGUCACUCAGUCGUGGCGCAUUUAUCAAGCACUUUCAAGUCGCAAAACUGAACCUAUCUGGAUCAGCAACACCUCCGUCACCACCGGCAGUGUCUGUGUCAGCCAGAGCGUCAGCGUCAACCGAUGGAGGCAUGCCAACGUCACCCUUGUUUUCACCCAGUCGUGCCAAUGUUCGUCCUCAUUUGUCCAGAAUGUAUCGUCCUGGAAUGCGUAGCCUAGAUUCUGGUUUAGACCUCAGCUCACCCACCAUUGGACAUCAUGCUCUAUUCAUCAAGGAGUUUCUUUCUGGACGCAGUCUUUCUGCGGCACAGGAUAAUGCACCCACAUGUCAGGUUACGGCCCAAGAACCCCAACUGGAGGCGGGGAACAGCAUCGAGUGA